UCCACCCUCAUCAAAAGAAAAGAAACUCCCCUUAAAGCUUAAACCCCCUCAUGUUCUUUUUUCUCUUUUUGGUCUAAGCAAACCACCCCACCAUGGCAGCAAGAGCAACAGCAAUCUUUAACACUCCCUCCUCCUCCUCCUUCUUCACAUUCACACUCUUUCUCUCUCUCUCUCUCCUCCUCCAACUUUCUCUCUCCUCCCCCUCUCCCUCCAUCCACGACCUUCUCCGCUCCAAAGGCUUGCCCCCCGGCCUCCUCCCAGAGGAGGUGAAAUCCUACAGCUUCUCCGAAACCGGCCACUUGGAAGUCUUCCUUGACGCGCCGUGCCUGACCAAAUACGAGAACAGAGUCCUCUUCGAGCAAGUCGUCACCGCCAACCUCACCUAUGGAAGCCUCAUAGGAGUGGAGGGUCUCCAGCAAGAGGAGCUCUUCGUGUGGCUACCCGUCAAGGACAUAAUCGUAAAUGACCCCUCCUCGGGGUUGAUACUGUUUGACAUUGGCCUCGCCCACAAACAGCUCUCGCUCUCCCUCUUUGAAGAUCCGCCUCACUGCAAACAUGAAGGUGGGUUGAGGAAUCAUGUGAGGAAGGAAAAAGGUUUCGAGGCCCUGAGGUAGAAAAAGAUGCCACCCUGUUUUUUACAUGCUUCACUUGUUGUCUUUUUCUUUGGUCAUGUUUAUAUAAAUUUUAGCCUUGCAAUAUUAUUGCAACUAUAUAGUAGUCAUAUGAAUUAAUGAAAGUAGGUGCUUGUAGCGUAGAGGUUGAGCAUUGUAAAAAUGUGAGGAGAGAGAGGGAAAAAAAAAAGGAAAAAAACUAUGGAAUCUGAUGAUGUCGUAAUCAAAUUUACAAGUUGUAAUCUUCUAACUUUUGUUCAUUAUGUUGUUUCUGUUUUGAGAUAAAAAGA